AUGCCUCCUUCACCCUCAUACCAGUCGCCCGAGUCUCCCUCCAACGAUUCCGACUCCGAUCUCGAUCUUGACAUCCAAGAGCUCGACCCCAUUUCAACAGAGCCAGCACGAGAGGUGCAACAGAACCACCCAGCAGAAGAACAGAGGGCAUCAAGAAUAGCUCUAAGGAACUUGCGUAUGGGUGGGCUGCGGCGCACAAAGCGAGACAGUGGAUAUGGAGACCUCGGUCGGAAUCGACAAGACUCGAAUGAGCAAGAACAAGAUCUAAUAGAAGACCAUGAUGAGCCUAGCCCCAGGCUCCAUUGGUCUGAAGGAGGUGGAAAUGGGGAGGAUAAUGCGCCCUUGCUGGGCGAACAAGGCUCACAGAGCCGAAGAACACCUACGUCCGGACGUCUAGGUUCCGGCAUACGACUACCUAGCUUCUUGUCGUCAAAGAAGCCCGACGACAGGGAAGCAGAAGACCAGGGAGAGGAUGAUGACCCGUUGUCUUCUCGAAUGGUCGCCGUGGGCUCUAUCCAAUCGUCUCGAUUCCCGACCAAUAUCGUCUCCAACGCCAAGUAUACGGCAUUUACAUUCCUGCCUAUUACGCUCUACAACGAGUUCUCGUUCUUCUUCAACAUGUACUUUUUGUUGGUUGCGCUAUCUCAAGUGAUACCAGCCCUUCGAAUCGGUUACUUAUCCACAUAUAUUGCUCCACUGGCCUUUGUCCUUUGCAUUACCAUGGGAAAAGAAGCAUAUGACGAUAUUGAUAGACGACGAAGGGAUAACGAAGCAAACUCGGAAGAAUACCGUGUACUACAGUUUACGGAGCCUGGAAGCUUCGCAAAGAGCUCUAGGCCACGCAAGCCAUUAAAAUCAGAGACGGUCGGACGCAAGCCCCGGAAAGCGCAAGCCGGCCGUCAUGACCUUACGGAUAUCCAAGAGGAUGGAGAGCAGCCCACCUCGGUUGUUCAGGAAAUCAGCCGCAAAUCAAAGGAUCUGCGCGUGGGUGACGUUCUCAAGCUUACCAAAGGCCAGAGAGUGCCGGCCGAUGUGGUAAUUCUACAGUGUCACUCCACAGAGGGGACUACAGUCGACUCCUCGGCUGAUGAGCCUCCUGAAGAGGAGGAAGAGGAGACGUUGCUCGCAUUCGAUGAGGGAGAGUCUAGCUCUAGUGCCAAAGGCAAGGCGCCCGAGACGCCGGCAUCUCAAGAGAACGAAGCGAGCAGCGGCCCUUCUGGGGAAACAUUCAUCAGGACGGACCAGCUGGACGGAGAGACUGACUGGAAACUGAGGCUGGCGUCUCCGCUAACCCAAGGCAUCGCUCUGGAAGACUUUGUCCGUCUUCGUAUCACGGCUGGCAAACCUGACAAGAAAGUCAACGAGUUCGUGGGAACAGUCGAGUUGAUGCCUACUAGACAAGCCGCAACCAGCCAGCAGGCCAUGUCGGACGGUGAGAUGAGCAGCGAUUCCAGAUCGGCUGCGCUGUCUAUCGACAAUACCGCUUGGGCCAAUACCGUGAUUGCCUCUCAGGGAACUACUUUUGCAGUGAUACUCUACACCGGCCCGCAAACCCGAUCCGCACUGUCCACCUCUCCGUCUCGCUCAAAAACUGGCCUCCUGGAAUAUGAGAUUAACUCCUUGACCAAGAUUCUCUGUGCUCUGACGCUGGCCCUAUCCGUCAUUCUCGUCGCUCUAGAAGGCUUCGAGAAGAGUGGCGAAAAUGCCUGGUACAUCAAGAUCAUGCGAUUCCUUGUCUUGUUUUCGACCAUUGUGCCAAUUAGUCUGCGAGUAAACUUAGAUCUAGGCAAGAGCGCGUUUUCACGAUUCAUCCAACGAGAUCCAGGUAUCCCGGGGGCGGUUGUGCGCACGAGCACCAUUCCAGAGGAUCUAGGGCGCAUCGAGUACCUGCUGAGCGACAAGACCGGCACACUGACCCAGAAUGACAUGGAGAUGAAGAAGAUUCACGUGGGCACCGUUUCGUACGCCAAUGAAGCUAUGGAUGAAGUCACCUCCUAUGUUCGCCAGGCCUUUUACGUCCAGCCCACCACUGACCCUUCAUCGCACGGCACACUCAUUACUCCUUCUUCUGCCAUGUCCAACACCGUCAACAUAGGGGCCACUCGCACACGACGAGAAAUCGGCUCCCGCGUGCGAGAUGUUGUGCUCGCUCUGGCGCUCUGCCACAAUGUGACACCAACAUCAGAAAUUGAAGACGGCAAGGAGGUUACCUCGUACCAAGCAUCUUCUCCAGAUGAGAUUGCCAUUGUGAGGUGGACCGAAUCCGUAGGUCUGAAGCUAUCGUACCGUGACCGCAAAGGGAUGGUUUUGGAGUCCACCGAGACCGGAAAGCCUGUUGUCAAGGUGCGGAUCCUCGAUGUCUUCCCAUUUACAUCGGAAGGCAAGCGCAUGGGAAUCGUGGUCCAAUUUCUCGACAAUAUGCAUGCCAACCCUGGUCUCGGUAACGGCGAAAUUUGGUUUUAUCAAAAGGGUGCAGACACUGUCAUGAGCUCGAUUGUAGCGGCAAACGACUGGCUCGAUGAGGAAACAGCCAACAUGGCGCGUGAAGGCCUGAGAACUCUUGUCGUGGGACGGAAGAAGCUUUCGCAUCAACAGUAUCAGGAAUUUGCCUCUCAAUAUCACGAGGCCUCAAUUUCCAUCACGGGACGAGACGCCGGGAUGCAGCGAGUUGUCUCACGCUACCUCGAGAGCGACCUAGAGCUGCUAGGUGUGACGGGCGUGGAGGAUAAGCUUCAGAAAGACGUCAAGCCCUCACUGGAACUGCUGCGAAACGCCGGGAUCAAGAUCUGGAUGCUGACGGGUGACAAGGUUGAGACGGCAAGGUGUGUUGCCAUCAGCUCCAAGCUGGUUGCGCGAGGCCAAUACAUUUACACCGUCGCAAAGCUCAACAGGAAGGACAAUGCUCAGGAGCAUCUAGACUUUCUCCGGAGCAAAACCGACGCCUGCCUACUGAUCGACGGAGAGAGCCUGGCGCUCUUCCUGACGCACUUCCGUAUCGAAUUCAUCUCUAUUGCCGUUCUCUUGCCUACGGUGGUGGCCUGUCGGUGCUCGCCGACUCAAAAGGCCGAGGUUGCGAAGCUCAUUCGCGAAUAUACAAAGAAGCGAGUGUGCUGCAUUGGUGAUGGUGGCAAUGACGUUUCCAUGAUCCAGGCCGCCGAUGUGGGAGUCGGAAUCGUCGGCAAGGAGGGUCGCCAGGCCAGUUUGGCAGCAGACUUUUCGAUUGAGCAAUUUUGUCACCUGGUUAAGCUGUUGGUGUGGCACGGGCGGAAUAGCUACAAGCGCAGUGCCAAGUUGGCUCAGUUUGUUAUUCAUCGUGGACUCAUCAUUGCCGUCUGUCAAACGAUGUAUAGUAUAGCUCUGAAGUUUGAGCCUGAAGGCUUGUACAAGAACUGGCUCAUGGUUGGCUAUGCCACUGUCUACACUGCAGCGCCCGUCCUGUCCCUGGUGCUAGACAAGGACGUAGACGAGGACCUGGCAAACCUCUAUCCCGAGCUUUACAAAGAACUCACAUCGGGUCGAUCUCUGUCCUACCGCACAUUCUUCGUCUGGGUUCUUGUGUCCAUCUACCAGGGCGGCAUGAUCCAGGGCCUUUCGCAGCUUCUCCUCGAGGUAGACGGCAAGAGGAUGGUUUCGGUCAGUUAUACGGUGCUGGUGCUCAACGAGCUUCUCAUGGUAGCCAUCGAGAUCACAACGUGGCAUCCCCUGAUGAUUAUGAGCAUUGUGGGAACAUUCAUCUUUUACAUUGGAUCGAUGCCGUUCCUUGGUGACUACUUUGACCUCGCAUUUUUAAUUACUUGGGGAUUCGUCUGGCGUGUUUUGGCCAUUGGAUCCAUCUCUCUAAUCCCGCCGUAUGCGGGCAAGCUAAUAAGUAGGACGAUGAAGCCACCAUCAUAUAGAAAGGUGCAGAAUAGGCUCAGGAAAGACGGGAGGAUUCAAUAA